UCAACAUCAACCCAUGGAUCCAUCCUCCCCUUUCACUUCAUUCGCACUAGACUAGUCUACUACCUCUUCUCUUGGAGUUGGAGGCCACCGCCCUCCGGCCGCACGUACGCUUGGAAUUACGAUGCCGACGAGCCCUAUACCGUGCUCCGUCAGUGUACUGCUCUUGCUCCUCGGCUUUCUGCUUCUGCACGGAGCUCCAUGCCGCGCCGCCGAUACCGUCGCAGUCGGCCGGCCGCUGUCCGGCGAGCAGAGGCUGGUGUCCAAGCGCGGCAAGUUCGCCCUCGGCUUCUUCCAGCCAGACACCUCGUCCAAGAACUGGUACAUUGGCAUUUGGUACAACCAGAUCCCCAAGCACACCACGGUGUGGGUCGCCAACCGGGACACCCCGGUCUUUGACCCGGCGUCAUCGCAGCUCUCCCUGGCAAGCGACGGCAACAUGGUCCUCCACGACGGCCACGCCAAGGCCCCGGUGUGGUCGACCAACGUCACCACCUCCGGCUCCACCUCCACGGUCGGCCUCCUCCUCGACACGGGCAACUUCGUCCUAGCGGACGCGUCCAACACCUCCCUCAUCCUCUGGCAGAGCUUCGACCACUUCGGCGACACGUGGCUGCCCGGCGGCAAGCUCGGCCGGAACAAGCGCACCGGCGAGGUCACGCGCCUCUUCGCGUGGAGAGGCUACGACGACCCGGCGCCGGGCGCCUUCUCCCUCGAGCUCGACCCGCAAGGCGCCACCAGCCAGUACCUGCUCAGCUGGAACGGCACCGCGCCGUACUGGACCAGCGGCAACUGGACGGGCCACGGCUUCACCGCCGUGCCGGAGAUGAUGGCCACCGACUCCUACCAGGUGUCCCUCUACACCUUCGGCUACGUGGACGGCGCCGACGAGAGCUACUUCGUCUACGACGUCAAGGACGACGCCGUGCUCACACGGUUCGUGGUGGACGUCACGGGGCGUGUGCAGUUCCUGACGUGGGUGCAGUCCGCCGCGGAGUGGAUGCUCUUCUGGUCCGAGCCCAAGGCGCAGUGCGACGUCUACGCCUUCUGUGGCGCCUUCGCCGCCUGCGUCGAGAACACGCUGCCGUCCUGCCGCUGCCUCCGCGGCUUCAGCGAGCGCCAGCCGCUCGCGUGGCUGCAGGGAGAUCACGCCGCCGGCUGCGUCAGGGACACUACGCUUCAGCAGUGCGCGCGCGUCCAGGGCGCCACGCCGAAUGCCAAUGACGAGGAUCACUUCUACACGAUGCCCAACGUGAAGCUGCCGAGCAAUGCGCAGGGCGUGGCGGCUGCGGCAAACGCUCAGGACUGCGAGCUCGCGUGUCUCGGCAACUGCUCCUGCACCGCGUACGCCUACAACGGCAGUUGCUCGCUGUGGCACGAAGGCCUCAUCAACCUCCAGGACACGAGCAGCUCUGGUACCGGAGGCGGCGCCAUCAUGAUCCGGCUGGCUGCAUCCGAGUUCACACGCACUGGGCACAACAAAAAACUGAUCAUUGGUGUCGUCGCCGCCGCGGUUGUGGCUGCAGUCACCGUCAUGGUUCUCGUCACGAUAUUGAUCCUGAGAAGAAGAAGGGCGACGGCGCCGAGGAGAGUCAAGCUCGAAGGUUCGCUGAUGAUGUUCACGUACCGGGACAUGCAGUCCGUGACCAAAAACUUCUCGGAGAAGCUCGGCGGCGGGGCCUUUGGGUCGGUGUUCAAGGGCUCGCUCCCGGACGCGACGGCGACGCUCGUCGCGGUGAAGAAGCUGGAGGGUUUCCGUCAAGGGGAGAAGCAGUUCCGGGCGGAGGUGAGCACCAUCGGCACGAUCCAGCACGUCAACCUCAUCAGGCUGCUCGGGUUCUGCUCCGAGGGGACACGGAGGCUGCUCGUCUACGGGCACAUGCCCAACGGCUCCCUGGACAGGCAUCUCUUCGGGUCUAGCUCCAGCCAUGGCGUCGUCCUGAGCUGGGAGAUGAGGUACCAGAUCGCUCUGGGGAUCGCGAGGGGACUGGACUAUCUGCACGAGAAAUGCAGGGACUGCAUCAUCCAUUGCGACAUCAAGCCGGAGAACAUUCUGCUGGACGACGCGUUUGCAGUGAAGGUGGCCGACUUCGGGCUCGCCAAGCUCAUGGGCCGCGACUUCAGCCGGGUGCUGACAACGAUGAGGGGCACCGUCGGGUACCUGGCGCCGGAGUGGAUCUCCGGCACCGCCAUCACGGCUAAGGCGGACGUGUUCAGCUACGGCAUGCUGAUGUUCGAGAUCGUGUCCGGCAGGAGGAACGUGGAGCAGAGGCAGGACGGCACGGUGGACUUCUUCCCGUCCACGGCCGUGAGCCGGCUCCUCGACGGCGACGUCGAGAGCGCGGUGGACGGACGGCUCGGGGGCCACGCCGACAUGGACGAGGUGGAGCGCGCGUGCAAGGUGGCGUGCUGGUGCGUGCAGGACGACGAGGGCGCCAGGCCUAGCAUGGGAAUGGUCGUGCAGGUUCUCGAAGGGCUCGUCGAUGUCAUCGUGCCGCCAAUACCAAGAUCGCUCAAAUUGCUCGGGGAUCCGUCCAACAACGUCAAGUUCUUUUCAGGGUUCUCGACGUCAAGCUCGGAUCAGUGCUGAAUUGCCAGCGGCAUGACCUAAAAUGUUCUUUUUAUCGGGAAAUUAAAAGUGCACUUGUGUGCACUACGA